AACCACUCUGACAACUCUUCCAAGGAUUUGGUUGUCGUAAUGAUCCUCUCUAUUGGUGGGCUUUAUCUGUGGAAUCGUAAUCGCGAAUUUGAUCGUUGCAGUUGGUGUCUGCUUGAGAUAUGGCUGCUGCUGGGGAAUUCUAUUUAUGAUCUUCCAACACCAUCGCAGAUGCAAAUGGGAGGAUGAUGAACUAGGGAGAUUCGAGAACUGAUUUGUCUCUACAGAUUCUGAUAUUCACUUUUCAGAGAUUCAAUCGAUGUUCCAAGCUCAACUCGUGGCGCUGCAGCUGGUAAGAGAAACAGUACCCUCCAAACAAUUCCAGAGAACCAUGAUACAAGGCUGACUGCAUUGAUUACUGCUUAUACAUUAUUUAUGUCUGAUUUGGGUGCUCCAGUGGAAUUCCGUGGUUAAUUUGGUCACUAAUGUGGCCUUUGUAUCUUCUCUUUAACAAGUUUCUGAAAACCGAAGAAGAAAAUGCUCAUGAAGCAGAUGAAUACCCAAAAGGCUUGGUUGAAUCCUACUCACUUGAGCAAUUACCAAGUAAUGGAAAAUGCCCUAAUGUAAACUUGCCCCAUUCACACUUUGUUGAAGUUCCACAUAUGAAUCAACUAAGCACUUGGGAUUGUGGUCUUGCUUGUGUUUUGAUGGUUUUGAGAACUUUUGGCAUCAAUAACUGCAAUAUUCAAGCAUUGGAAGAGCUCUGCUGCACAACUAGCAUUUGGACUGUUGAUCUGGCAUAUUUACUGCAGAAGUUCUCUGUUAGUUUUUCGUACUUCACUGUAACUUUAGGAGCAAACCCAAAUUUUUCUGUGGAGACAUUUUACAAGGAUCAAUUGGCUACCGAUCUAGUGCGUGUGGAUUCUCUUUUUAAGAAGGCAAUGGAAGCUGGAAUUGAUAUACAGUGCAGAUCAAUCAGUGGAGAUGAAAUUUCACUCUUGAUCUUGUCAGGGAAAUAUAUUGCAAUUGCUUUAAUUGAUCAGUAUAAAUUAAGUCAGUCUUGGUUGGAGAAUGUUCAUGUCUCAGGCUUCUGUGGUGGCUACUCAGAAUACACUGGUCACUAUGUUGUAAUAUGUGGCUAUGAUGUUGAUACAGAUGAGUUUGAGAUUAGAGAUCCUGCCAGCUCCCGGUAUCAUCUUUGUUUUCCAUCUCCAUCAGCAAUAAUCUCUUAUCUAUCCCAUUAAAUAAUUGCCAGGAUUAACUUCUCUAUAGAAAGUGGAAGAUUUAAUAAGCUUUAAAACAUUAUGCCCUCCACGGUGCAAUGGACUUGAGUGCUGAUAUUCUGUGUCAUGUUAUACCGUAAUGUAAGGACCUAUUUGCAAACUAUUCUUGAAAAUAGUUUUCUAACUUAGAAAAUAUGUUUGGCAAACUGUUGACAGAAAAUAAUUUUCUAAAAAUUUGUUCAAAAACCAAGUUGUUCUUUUAAGAAUAAAUCUGAGGUGUUCUCAGUCGUUCUAUGGAAGAAAUAAAAAUACGGAGUAUACAUUGAAAACUUUUAUAUUGUCUAUAAGUGCAUAACACCUUCUAUGGAGAGUAAACUGAGAAAAUUGUUUUUCAUAAUUGAGUUCCCAAAUAGAAUUUUCUUCCUAAAAACAAUUGUUUUAGAAUAGUUUUUUGAAAACUGCAUUUGAAAAUAUCAUCUAACGAGCCCAAAAUGUCUCUGUGGAAGAAAACCAGAAAGUCAUAAUCAUCUAAGGAUUGUCUUAUCAUGUUAUUGCUUCAUGAAUGAUCCCAAACAUGAUGUCUCAGGUUCCUAGUUGUAUGUACUUGUAACUUAUUUUUUCUGGGAAACAAAUUGUUUAUACCAAAGAAUAAUAAUACUAACGAGUGAUGUA